AUGCAUGAUCCGGCAUCAUUGCCGGACGAGGUUCUCUCGUCAACUCUUGCAACGAUUGCAAUGAACAGAUUCCUCAUAUCAACAUCUCUUCGUUCGGUACGCAGCUUUCCAAAAUCCAGGACAAUCCGACCUCACCAAUUGCACACCUACUCCCUCCGCAAAAUGUCCACAGACACUCCUGUCCCAGCGCCCUGGCACGCCGCCUACCCCGCCCCCUCUUCUCAAACCGUCUUCAUCCCCCGUGACGAGGUCUUGUCCAUUCUCGCCAACGGGAGAAAAGAUACCGUGCUGGUUGACCUGAGAAGAAACGACUUUGAGGGCGGUACAAUCCGUGGCUCCAUCAACCUCCCUGCUCAAAGCCUCUAUCCGACUCUGCCAACGGUGUACUCCACCCUCAAGGCUGCCGGGCUCAAAAAGGUCAUCUUUUAUUGUGGCUCAUCGACAGGUAGAGGGAGCAGAGCAGCCAGUUGGCUGGCGGACUAUAUCUCGUCCCAAAACGACAGCGAGAUGCAGAGUCUUGCUCUGGGGGGUGGGAUUAAGGGGUGGGCUGCCGCGGGGCCAGAGUAUGUCAAGUGGAUGGACGAGUACGAUGAGAAGGUCUGGGCCAAGUACAGCACCACUUAG